GGUGGCGCGAUACAGUACGCAGCUCGCGCCCAUUAGUAUCUGCAUACAUAUAUUUAUAUAGCAAAUCGAUCGGAUCGUGUGUGUGCUCUAGUCCAUCCCAUAUGAAUAAGAACCUCGGCUUUGUGGAGCGCCUGCGGUGGCGUCUCAAAACCAUCGAGCAUAAAGUCCAGCAGUAUCGCCAGUCCACCAAUGAAACAGUAGUCGCCGACACGGAGUACGGCCAAGUGAGGGGUGUCAAACGUCUAUCGCUCUACGAUGUGCCCUACUUCAGUUUCGAAGGUAUCCCCUACGCCCAGCCUCCGGUGGGGGAGUUGCGGUUCAAGGCUCCGCAAAGGCCCAUUCCCUGGGAGGGAGUUCGGGACUGCAGCCAGCCCAAGGAUAAGGCCGUCCAGGUGCAUUUCGUCUUCGAUAAGGUAGAGGGAUCUGAGGACUGUCUCUAUCUAAAUGUGUACUCCAACAAUGUGAAGCCUGAUAAGGCCCGCCCGGUUAUGGUUUGGAUUCAUGGGGGUGGUUUCAUUAUCGGCGAGGCCAAUCGGGAGUGGUACGGUCCGGACUACUUUAUGAAAGAAGAUGUUGUGCUCGUCACCAUACAAUACCGACUUGGUGCUUUGGGAUUUAUGAGUCUGAAGUCCUCCGAGCUAAAUGUACCUGGAAAUGCUGGCCUCAAGGAUCAGGUCUUGGCCCUUAAAUGGAUCAAGAACAAUUGCGCUAGUUUCGGUGGAGAUCCCAACUGCAUCACUGUUUUUGGAGAAAGUGCAGGAGGCGCAUCCACUCACUACAUGAUGAUAACCGAACAGACACAAGGACUCUUUCACAGGGGUAUCUUGCAGUCGGGCAGUGCCCUUUGUCCUUGGGCGUACAACGGCGAUAUCACCCACAAUCCCUACAGGAUAGCCAAGCUAGCUGGUUACAAGGGCGAGGACAACGACAAGGAUGUGCUGGAGUUUUUGCAGAACGUGAAGGCCAAAGAUCUUAUACGCGUGGAGGAAAAUGUUCUCACGUUGGAGGACCGCAUGAACAAGAUAAUGUUUGCCUUUGGACCAUCCCUGGAACCAUUCUCCACGCCCGAGUGCGUGAUACCCAAGCCUCCAAAGGAGAUGAUGAAGACCGCCUGGAGUAACUCUAUCCCCAUGUUUAUAGGAAACACUUCGUACGAGGGACUGCUGUGGGUCCCAGAGGUCAAGCUUAUGCCGCAGGUAUUGCAGCAGCUUGAUGCUGGUACUCCUUUUAUUCCCAAGGACUUGCUGGCCGCCGAACCCAAUAAGGAAAAGCUGGAUGCAUGGAGUGUUAAGAUUCGAGAUGCUCAUCGCACUGGACCAGAAAGCACCCCAGAUAAUUACAUGGAUCUCUGUUCGAUUAACUACUUCGUGUUUCCGGCCCUGAGGGUGGUCCACUCCCGUCACGCUUAUGCGGCUGGAGCACCAGUAUAUUUCUACCGGUUUGAUUUCGACUCCGAAGAGCUAAUUUUUCCGUACCGCAUUAUGCGAAUGGGACGCGGUGUCAAGGGGGUGAGCCAUGCCGACGAUUUGACCUACCAAUUCAGCAGCCUUCUGGCUCGGCGGUUGCCUAAGGAAAGUCGUGAGUACAGGAACAUCGAGCGAACUGUGGGCAUCUGGACACAGUUUGCUGGCACGGGUAAUCCCUACAGCGAGAAGAUUACCGGAAUGGACACGCUUACCAUUGAUCCAGUUCGCAAAUCCGACGAGGUCAUAAAGUGCCUCAACAUCAGUGAUGACCUAAAGUUUAUCGAUCUGCCUGAGUGGUCCAAGUUGAAGGUCUGGGAGAGCCUUUAUGAUGAAAACAAAGAUUUAUUAUUCUAAAUUGAACUUACUGUACUGUACAGCCUAACAAAUAAGUCUCUAGGAAUUGUAAAUAGGACAAAAUGCUUUAUAAAAUAUAUUCUACAAUGGGCUUCUUUUUA